AUGAAUGAUCCGACUUAUUCUGCUAACAACAGUUGGUUAUGUGGGAUGCAAAUCAGGGUGAAAUGUUCAGGAGAUGAGAUCACACCAGAGGCACAAGAAGAGGAUGAGGAUGAUGAUGAAGAUGAGCCAUGUUAUAUCCAAGGUGAAAUCCCUGGAAACGGUUUGGCUAACCUCACAAAACUAGUUCAUUUUGAUAUGAGUCGCAAUUACUUUAAUGGUUCGAUUCCACCAGAACUUUUCAACUUGAGGUUUCUGCAGUUUCUUGAUUUAAGUGAAAAUUUAUUACAGGGUGGUUUAAGUGGUGAAAUUGGCAAGCUUGGAAAUCUGAAGACACUGAUGUUGGAUCACAAUUUUCUUGAUGGAAAUCUUCCUGUACAGAUUGGAAAUGUAACAAAAUUGAGGCAGUUUUCUGUCAGUCAAAACAAAUUUUCGGGUCCUAUUCCAGAUUCAGUUUUGAAUUUGAAGGGACUGGAAUUAUUGGAUUUGAGGAAUAAUUAUUUGGAACUCCAGAUUCCUAGUAAGAUUGGAAGCUUGUCCAACAUUUUCACUUUGGCGUUGAGCAAGAAUAGUUUCACAGGAUUAAUCCCGCCAUCGAUACGAAACUUGAGCAGAUUGGAAACACUUCAGCUGGAAGAUAAUAUGCUUUCUGGAGAUAUUCCUUCCUGGUUAUUUGAUAUGGAGAGUAUGAAGAAUUUAUAUCUAGGAGGAAACUUACUGAAUUGGAAUAACCUCAAGCUAGUUCCCAAUUAUAUGUUUUCUCAUCUCUCUCUCAGAUCAUGUUUAAUUUCUGGAAACAUUCCUGAAUGGAUUUCCACUCAAAAGAAUCUUGAUAUCUGGACUUGA